AUGGCCGAAGCACAGAAGCGGAAAAAUCAAAACGACAAAUUUGAAGACGAAAAUGAAGACGACGAUGAUAUGUGGAUCGGGCCAAUGCCCCACGAAGCUGCGAAGCCUAAGAAAAAAAAAGUACUUGAAUAUGAAAAAGUCUACCUUGAAAAUCUUCCCUCUGCAGAGACUUAUGAACGGAGUUAUAUGCACAGAGAUGUCAUAACUCAUGUAGCUGUGGCAAAAACUGGUUUCAUCAUCACUGCCAGUUAUGACGGGCAUGUCAAGUUUUGGCGGAAACUGGAAGAAGAAGGCAUUGAAUUUGUGAAACACUUCCGUAGCCAUUUAGGUAACAUCCAGGAUUUAGCUGUAAGUGAAAAUGGUGAAUAUUGCUGUACAAUUUCUGAUGAUAAAUCAACAAAAAUAUUUGACAUUGUCAACUUUGACAUGAUUAAUAUGCUGAAAAUUUCAUUCAGUCCAUUGUGUUGUGGUUGGUUGUACACUCCAGGUGAUGCUAUUGCAGCGAUUGCUAUAUCGGACACAAAAAGUAGCAGCAUUCAUGUAUUUGAUAGCAAAGGGAGCAACCAACCUCUGCAAGUUAUUGAUAAACUUCACUACAAACCCGUGACAUUAAUCUCUUACAAUACAGUGUUCGAUGUAGCUGUGUCUUCUGAUACGGCAGGAAUGGUAGAGUAUUGGACUGGACCAAAAAAGGAUUAUUCAUUUCCUAAAUGUGUGAAAUGGCAAUAUAAAACAGAUACAGAUUUAUAUGAAUUCAUGAAGAAUAAAAGUGUGCCAUUAAGUAUCUGUUUUUCACCAAAUGGUAUGUUAAUGGCAACUACAUCAACUGAUAGAAAAGUACGUGUAUUUAAAUUUCUCACAGGGAAAUUAACAAAAGUUCUGGACGAGUCUUUAGAACAAGUUUCCUCAGCUCAACAGAUAAAACAACUACUACCCAACAUGGAAUUUGGUCGAAGAAUGGCUGUUGAACGGGAUCUGGAAAAAUCCUCUUCUUUCAGAUACAGUAAUAUUUUGUUUGAUGAAAGUGGCUACUUCAUUCUUUACAGCACUAUGUUAGGGAUUAAAGUUGUGAACUUGUACACAAACCAAUGUGUGCGGAUUCUGGGAAAACCAGAGAAUGCUCGUUUCCUUCAGAUUAGCCUGUUCCAAGGAUCAGGCAAGAAAAAAAAGGCAACGAUGGAUGCCGACAUGGUAGCUGCUGACAACCCUAUCUUGCACACAGUUAUGGUUGAUCCAACUUUAUUCUGCACAGCUUUUAAAAAGAAUCGAUUUUACAUGUUUACUAAGCGGGAACCUGAAGAUAUAAAAAGUGGUGAUGCUGAACGAGACAUAUUCAACGAGAAGCCUUCCAAAGAAGAACUUGUCGCUGCUACCCAGGAUGCUUCUUAUACACGUGUUGCAGAAUCUGCAGUUGUGCACACCUCAUCCGGAGAUAUUCACUGUAAAUUAUUCCCCAGGGAGUGUCCCAAAACCGUGGAGAAUUUUUGUGUGCACAGUCGAAAUGGUUACUAUAAUGGUCAUAUUUUUCAUCGUGUUAUCAAAGGAUUCAUGGUACAAACUGGUGAUCCCCUUGGUAAUGGUACAGGUGGUGAAUCAAUCUGGGGUGGUGAAUUUGAAGACGAGUUCCAUCCAAGUCUGCGUCAUGAUCGUCCUUACACACUCAGUAUGGCAAAUGCUGGGUCAAACUCUAAUGGCUCCCAGUUUUUUAUUACUGUUGUCCCAACUCCGUGGUUGGAUAACAAACAUACCGUGUUCGGACGAGUAAUGAAAGGAAUGGAAGUUAUCCAAGCCAUCAGCAAUGUGAAAACCAAUCCUAAAACGGACAAGCCAUAUGAUGACAUACGAAUUAUCAGCAUUACGAUUAAGUAA